GUGCUCCGCGGGCGACGCGGCCUCACGGAUUCCGACGUGCCCGCGAACGUUUCCCCUCCGCGGCGUCCCACCGCCCCUGCACUGCCGGCCGGACCGGCGCGAAGGCGGCCGUCACUUACCACCCCGAGCCUCAGGAGCCGAGGUGAGCGCCGCGAAGCCCCCUGACACUAAGUGGCGCCCACCGCAGCCCCGCUAAGCCGGAUCCCCUCCCCCACCCCACCGAACAGACCCGCCUUCCAGCCGCGUGCCGCCCGUCUCCCGCGCCUGCGCCUAAGCUCGUCGCUGCGAGCCCCUAAAGCCACGCCCCCUCGCGUUGGGGCACGCCCUCGGAGACUCCGCCCCUGUCGCCCGGAUUCCACCCGCAGGACCCUGAACCUCGAUGAUCUUACAGCAACCCUCAGAGCGAGGCCCCCAGGGCCGGGCCCAGCGCCAUUCGCGGGCCGCCUUGGGGGCGCCCCGGGGCCUGGACGCCAGGUGCGUGCAGGGGACCUGGGUGGGCCUGACCACGGGGCGCAGGAGCUUGGGCUGGGGGCUCAGGCUGGUAUGCAGGAUGACACGGGGUGAGGCGAAUCGGCGGGGCUUAGGCAUGAGCUGAGAUGGGGUUAGAGCAGGGUCUCAUGGUCCAGACUUCCGUUGUAGGCUGCUGGAUGGCCUGGGAGAGGCGGGUGACUUAGGGUCAGCUGAGACAGGAAUAGGCUAGGGACUCCUGGCUGAUGCUGCAGGCUCAGGCGGGCAGAUCCUCGGGAAGGAGCCAAGAGGGUGGGGUGCACCUGGCUCUCUUUUUUUCCCAGCUCCCCUCUCCGAGGAGCUGUGCCCAUGAGCACCAAGCGGCGCCUGGAGGAGGAGCAGUGAGUUUGGGGACAGGGAGGGACUCCCAACAAGAUCUCUGUCACCUCUGGUCCCCAUCAGGCUGCCUUCCCUCUCAAUAUCCCAGCCUUUCUUUCUCCCUAUUUCUCCCCAGGGAGCCCCUGCGCAAGCAGUUCCUGUCUGAGGAGAACAUGGCCACCCACUUCUCCCGACUCAGCCUGCACAAUGACCACCCCUACUGCACCCCCCACUUGGCCUUCCCCUCAGCCCUGCCCCCACUCAGGAGUUCUUGCUCUGAGCUGCUUCUCUGGCGCUACCCUGGGAGCCUCAUCCCUGAGGCCCUCCGGCUGCUGAGGCUGGGGGACACCCCCGUGCCCCACUAUCCUGCAACCCCAGCUGGGGAUACAAUGGAGCUCUGAGUGCCGGUGGGCAGUGCCCCUCCCACCUUCCCCACAAGAAAAGAGACCAGCGACCCCCAUGAAGGGACAAGGUGCUUGCCUAUUCUCCUCCAGACCAGGCAUCUGGGUACCAGGACCUUCCCCUAACACAGGACACUGAGCCCAGUGGAGCCCUGGGAAGGGAGG